CUAUCCAGGAUUCACUGGGGGAACGAGGGAUUUUGCCGGCAGGGCUCAGCUUUGGCAGGUCUUCUCUCGCUUCUCUCGCUUCUCUCGCUCCGACUUUUCUCGCUUCCUGAGUUCUUUUCCUCUGGAAUCCACAGACGAGCAGGUUGACGACGGACUCCAGUCCCACUUUCCCACUUUCUGCCCCUCCGAAUCCCAUCCGACCCGCACUAGGCCGCUUUGGGCCUUCCGCUGCCGACCCCGUGACGGAAAUGGAGUCCUCCAAUCAGCACGUCCCGUGGGGCAGCAAGCGCGUUCCCGACAGCCGCGAGACGCCCGCCAAGACCGUCCGCGCCUCUCGUCAACAAUCAUCAUCGUCGCCCUUCCAGACUCUCCCCUCGUCUGCCACUCCCCAGAAGGCGCAGGCCGGUGGUGCUAUUCUUACGCCGCAUUCUCUCCGUCAGGGUGCAGCCCGUGGCACGCGCAGUACCGCCAACCAGGAGUUUGUCUCCGCCUUUGAGUGGGAGGCCUUGGAACUGGAGAAAGCCAAACCCUCGGGUGCAACCCCGGCCAAGGGCAGAAAGAAGGUGCAGCCCAAGAGGCAGGAUAGGGCAGUGGUCCCCCAAGAGCUUCAGACGUCGUCUUCCAAGAUGUCGCGCAAUCGUCCCCGGGGCCCUCCGAUGCCCAGAGACAAUGGCCAGGCAGCCAACGAAGAAACAGACAUGUGGAACAAGAUUCUACAGGACCUGCGCAAGGCCAAGGAGAAGAAUGACAAGCAAAAGGUCAUCGGCGAGCAGAUUCACACGCUGAACGAGAAGAUCGGAAAAGACGGUGGGAAGCCCACACUUAGCGAGCAUAACCAACUGGAUGCUCUCUAUCGUCAGAUGGCCAAGCUCUGCGAAGAGGAACGAGCUAUCCUCCUGGAUGAGCCAAGUGACGUGGUCAAGAAUCUGGGUCUGUUGACCGCUCUCCGUCAGGCGUCGGAGAUGGAGGCGCCGCUCAACCGCGCGUCUGCUCUCGGCAAGUCUCGCAAGAAGAGGAACGAUGUUGACGGAUCUGCCACCGACUCUCCUGGUCCGUCGGGUCCGUCUUUUUCAGAUAAGGCGAACCGCAAGGGCGGCGUUCAGCGCAGCACCAGCGUCUCCAGUGCGCAGGCUCGCGAUGGCCGGGAAAGCCGAGAAGGUGUGCACGUCAAGGUUGAAGAAGGGGCGGAGAGUACCAAGGGCAUGGUGGCAGAACGCACGGGCCAACUGACUAUCGGCGCCGAAGUGGUCUUCAAGCAUAACAAAAACAAACAAGGCGUGGAAGGCGAGGGCAUCCAGUGCAUUAUCAAGUCUAUCACGGGCGAGGGAAAUAAAAAACGGUAUGAUGUCCAGGACCCUGAGCCGAACGAGAACGGCGAGCAGGGCGCUGUCUACAAAACCAAUGCCGUUUCUCUGAUCCCCAUUCCGAGAGUUGGGACUACGUUGCCCUCCUUCGGCGUAGGCAAACAGGUUCUGGCGCGGUACCCUGAUACGACCACGUUCUACCGUGCGGAGGUGAUGGGGUCCAGAAAGGACACCUACCGUCUCAAGUUCGAAGGCGAGGAGGACGACAAGGAAAUGGAAGUUGACCGUCGAUUUGUCCUGGACAUCCCCGGUAAAUGAGACAGCCUUUCGAAGAACAGUCUACAAAACAGCCUCCACUUCAGGGACCAACAUUUCUGGCCCGGCCGGAGAACAUGAUACCCUUUGGGCCGCAGCGGUUUUAUGUCAUUGUUAAGGGGUUUUGGAGUUUGAGUUGGGCGAUAUUAUUUUGCUGCCGAUUGGGAAUGCACUGCUCGAUCAGAAGCGAGGCGUUUGGAUCAUAGAUUGUAGGAUUUACAGGAUUUACACGUUUCGCCAUCUGUAUUGCUCUAGGUUAAUUUUCUUUUUUUUUUUUCUUGAUUUUAUCUUUCUGGGGUAGCAGAACU